AUAUUAAAAAAACAUAUGCAGCCCAUUAACAAUAUAAAUAUAUAUUCAUUCUCCACAAAUUUAUCGUCAAUCUCAAUAUUGCUGUGAAUAUGGCUGAGAACAAUGGGGAAGUGUGCGAGAAGGCUGUGAACACUGUGGAAGUGAGUGAGAAGACUCAAAACAUUGCACAAAGUAGUGAAAAAAAAUCAGGAAAAACUUUUGUUGCCCUCAAUGAAAGGAUCCUUAGCUCUAUGUCACGAAGAUCUGUUGCUGCUCAUCCCUGGCAUGACUUGGAGAUUGGGCCAGGAGCACCUGCCCUUUUUAACUGUGUGGUUGAGAUUGGGAAAGGGAGUAAAGUAAAGUACGAACUUGACAAGAAAUCUGGCCUUUUCAAAGUUGAUCGAGUUCUUUACUCAUCCGUGGUCUACCCACACAACUACGGGUUUAUCCCUCGCACCCUUUGUGAAGAUAGUGAUCCCAUGGAUGUCCUUGUACUGAUGCAGGAACCCGUAUUGCCUGCUACCUUCCUCCGUGCCCGUGCGAUUGGACUAAUGCCGAUGAUUGAUCAGGGUGAGAAAGAUGACAAGAUAAUUGCAGUAUGUGCUGAUGACCCUGAAUUCCGCCAUUACAAUGACAUCAAAGAUUUACCUCCACAUCGCCUGGCUGAAAUUCGUCGUUUCUUUGAAGACUAUAAGAAGAACGAGAACAAGUCAGUUAGGGUAAAUGACUUUCUGCCUGCUGAAGAUGCUGUUGAAGCAAUUCAAUAUUCAAUGGACUUGUAUGCUUCAUACAUAGUGGAAAGUUUGAGGCAGUAGGACUGCUUCCAAAAGUGUGUGGUUCGGGACCCAAGCAAGAGACAGCGUUGUAUUUUAAAAUCUGUUAAGUAGAUCAGAUAAAGGCAAUAACCAUUUCGAUGGAAUCUUGAAUAUGUGAAACAACUGAGAGCUUGUUUGUGUAAUUUGCUCCUAAUUUUCUGAUUUAUGCAUAAAAGUUAAAGA